AUGGCUGUCCCGUUCAUCCCCAUCUUCCCGAUCUGCUUCCAGUGCGGAACGGACCAGAAUCCGUGCCGGUGUAAGGUUGUUGGGCCGACGAUUGGUUUUGUGGUUACUAUUGUCGCGGCUGUCGUCUGCUAUCCCGCCUCUCUCUUCUGCGGCUGCUGCAUGACCAAGACUGGAAAAGAUGUGCUUGCGUAUCCCGUGAAAUUGAACGCGCAAGUUAGCGAUCUCAUACCUAUAUGA